AUGAAAUUUAUUCUGAUUUUUUAUCUUUUUAUUCAUUUAUGUGAAUGUACAGAUAAUAAUCCACCAAUUAUUAUUGAACAACCACAAGAUAUUUUAGCUGAAUUAGAUAAACCGAUGGCUUUACAUUGUCGUGCUGAAGCUUCAUCAUUAGAUGAUCUUCGUGUCGAUUGGUAUAAAGAUGGUCAAUUAGUAACGAUGGAUCCAAAUGCACGUAUUAUAACAGAAUUUAUGGCUUUACAUGUUAUUAAUACGAUGCCACAGGAUGCUGGUGCUUAUUAUUGUAUAGCUAAAAAUUCUUAUGGACGUAUACAAAGUCGAACAGCUAAAGUACAAUUUCUAAAACUUGAUAAAGAAUUUCUUAUAUCUCCUUCAUCAAUGACAGCAUCACUUGGCGAACGUAUUCGUCUUCGUUGUGAACCACCAUAUGGUUCACCAAGUCCAAUAAUUCAUUGGACAAAAGAUGGAAAGAAUUUAUCUAUUCCACUUGAUCAUAAUGAUCUUAUCUUUCCAUCGAUCCAACCAACAGAUUUCGGUUCAUAUCGUUGUAUUGCAUCAAAUGGUUUAUUACGGCAAUCAUCAAUCGCUCAUUUAACGGAAUUUCAACGACCAAAAAUCUAUAUACGUCCAUCAACAUCACGUGUCGAUAUUCAACGUGGUAAAUCAAUUGAUUUUCAAUGUCAAGUUGAAAGUUUAAAUGAUGAUGAUCAAUAUCAAAUUGAAUGGCAUUAUGCUUAUAAAAAUAGCCCAAUAAUAGGACGAAAUAAUCGUAUUGAUAUUCCAUACGUUGAAUAUAAUCAUAGUGGAUUAUAUAUUUGUGUUGUUAUUUAUAAUAGUGGACGACGACGACAUUUAUUUACUGAAGAAAUCUUUCUUGCUGUUUAUGAACGUUUAACAAGAAAUAAUCAAGAGAAAAUUUUUAGUCAAACAACACUUAAUGUUUAUGCUGGACGAUCAGCUAUUAUUGAUUGUCAAUUACCAUUUGAUACUAAUCAAAACAUUUCAUGGUCAAUUGUUAAUCGUAGUGAUAUAUCUUUAAUAAAUAAUAAUCGUUUUGAUUUUCUUGAUAAAAAUCAAUAUCGUGUAAAAAUUCGUCGUAUUGAAGAAUUUGAUAAUGAUCUAUUAUAUGAAUGUUAUUAUCAAAAUAAAAAAUCAUUUAGUCAAGGUUUAAUUAAAUUACAUGUUAAUCGUAUUGAAUCACCACCUAUUAUUCUUUAUGUACCGAAUAAUCAAACAGUACCUAUUGGCGUUGAAGUUAUAUUUCCUUGUCAAACAAAAAAUACGACAAAAAUUCAAUGGUUAUUCAUAUCAUCAAAUAAUCGUCUACAUAAAUCAAUUAAAAUUGAAAAUAAUAAAAAAUAUAAAAUUGAAACAAAUCAUGAUUUAAUUAUUCGUCAUGCAGAUAAAACUGAUAUUGGCACAUAUAAAUGUAUUGUAACAAAUUCUAAUGAUGAUGAAACGAAUUGGAUUGCACAUUUAAAUGUUGAAGAUCCACGUUCUAAUACAAUAUUUCAACGUGUUGAACGAAAAGAUUUACCACAAUCACCUACGCAACCAUUAGCAAUUGCUAUAAAUAGUAAUUCAAUUGAAUUAGCAUGGAAUUAUCCAUCAACAGAUAUUCAAGGUUAUCUUAUAGAAUAUUUUAAUUUAAAUAGUGAAGAUAAAAAUCUUGAAUGGAAACGUAUAUUUACAACAAAUAAAAAUUCUCGUUCAAUAAUCAAUGAUUUACAAAUAAGUUCAACAUAUCAAUUUCUUAUACGUGCACGAAAUUCAUUUGGUUAUGGUCAACCAUCAUUACUAUCUGAAUUAAUUGAAACACGUAAUGAACAACAAUUAAAUGAUGAAUUUAUUCGUUUAUUAGAUCCAAUAAAUAUUCAAGAAACAAGUGUAACUAUACAAUGGAAUAUUCGACAACAAAAUCAAUUUAUUGAUCGAUAUUCAAUAUCAAUAACAACUGAAAAAGAUCUCAAUGAACGUAUUGAAACAAUAAUUAAUAAACAUAAUCUAACAACAUAUACAAUUACUAAUCUACGUCCAAAUACAGAUUAUACAAUUCGUGUUAUAGGAAUGAAUAGUUUAACAAAUACAAUCAAUCGUCCAAGUAAUGUAAUUGUAAUUCGAACAUUAGAAAGUAUACCAUCAUCCUCACCAGUGAAUGUUCAAGUUGAAUUAACAUCAAUAACAAGUCUUUCAAUUCGAUGGAAUCCACCAUUAGAUACAGAACAAAAUGGUCGAAUUAUAGCUUAUAAAGUGAAUUGUUUAGGAGCAAAUGAAUCAAGUUCAAUACGUUUAUUAAAUAUAAGUGCUGAUGCUAAAGGAUUACAUAUUAAAAGUCUUAUUCAAGAUAUGCAAUAUUGUAUAAGUGUUGCAGCACGAACACUUCUUGGUUAUGGACCCUAUUCACAACCGAUAUGUGUUACAAUGAAUGAUGAAUUUUUAAAAUUAAAUCGUAAUUUAAAUCGAUUUAAUAUCAAACGACGUUUUCGUGAAGCAAUUGCACAACCAUGGUUUUUACCAAUUAUAAUUAUAUCAAGUAUUCUUUUUACUUGUGCUUUAUUAUAUACAUUUUGGUUAUGUUUUCAUCAUUUAAUUCAUCAACAUCGUCAUCGAUUAAAAUUUGUUGGUACAAAUUCUUCAUCAUCAUCGUCAUCAUCAUCAUCAAAUCAAUUUGUUGAAAUGCCUGUACAAAAAACAUUAAGUAAUGGUACACGUUAUGAUUUAAUUAAAGAUACACCUCCACCACCAUCAUCAUCAACAGCUCUAUGGACUGAUACAAUUGGAAGUGGUAUACGUCUUCAAUGUUGUACAACAACAACAGCAUCAGCUAGUAGUCAAAGUGAACAUGAUAAUCAUCUUGUGAAUAUACAUAAAAAUCCAAUAAAUACACUUUUACAACAAUCGAAACAACCACAAUUGAAUCCAUAUGCAACAACUGGAAUAUUUCAACAUAAUCAUUCACCACCACAAACAACAUCAACAUUAUUACCAACAUAUUCUGAAUCUAUACGUUUACCAAUAUUACCAUCACAUCAUUCAGUAUUAGAUCAACAACCAAUAUCAUCCGUACAAUAUCAACCACCAUGGCUUGAUCAUCCAUCACAAUCAUUUCAAUAUCGUUCUCAACCUCAUACACCUUAUCAUCAUCAUUAUUGUAUACAUUGUACAUCACAAUCACAUCCUCAUACACCAUCAUCAAUACGUACAACAACAACAACACGUCCAAAACAUAAUAUUCAACAACAAAAUAAUAUUAAUUCCAAUAUAAGAAAUAAUAAUGAUGUUAGAUGGCCUAUGGAAACAACAGUGAACAGUUCACCAUUAAUGAAACGUCAAUCACAAUAUGCUGCACCACCACUUAUACCUCCUCCACCUCAACCAUCAAAUUCUAUGAUGAUUAAUUCCUUAGGCGGAGAAACCAUGACAACUUCAUGGGCAAGUUCAACCGAUGAUAGUAAUCGUGAAAGUGUACCAUCAUCGUCAUCACCACCAAUUGAUAGAAAAGAACAAAGAAAAAUCAUUCAUGAAAAUAGUCGUUCCAGUAGUGAAGGUUCAUUAUUUUCUGAUUCUGACAAUCAACAAAAUGAAUCAAAUCUAUCAGUAUUAAUUGAUCAAGAAAGACGACCAACAUUUCUUAUGCCUACAGCAUAA